AUAAAAACAAGACCAAUAAAGAAGCCCAAAGUUUAAUUCUCGUACUCUUACGACACGGGAGGAGAGAGCAUUGCAUUCAGAGUUUUCAGCUGCCGCGCCGCCUUCCUCUGCCUAGCCGCCGCAGAACCGCCUCCGCUCCACGGAAUAUUGUUCAUUCUAAUUCUAUGGGGUCAUUAAACAUCAGAGACUUCCUGACGGCUUUCAGCCCUUCUAUGGACUUUUUUGCUAUAAGCAUCGGUGAUGGUCGUAUUAAGAUAUGGGACACUGUGAAAGGCCAAAUACAGACUGAGUUUGCAGAUAUUGAGCCUUCUGAGACGACAGGCUUGUUUUCUAAAAAGCAAGAAGGACACCUUUCCAUGGAUUAUACUUGUAUGAAAUGGAUAUCUUCUGAGAAAAAGAAAAAAAGGAAGCUUAGAACUUCAUUAUUGGUAUUAGGGACUGGCAGUGGGGAUGUUCUUGCUUUAGAUGUUUCUGCCGGCCAGUUGAAAUGGAGAGUUUCUGAUUGCCAUCCUCGGGGUGUGACUGCGAUAUCAUUCCCUACUAGUGCUCGGCUCGUAUAUACUGCAGGUAGAGAUGGGAUGGUUUGUGAACUUGAUGCUACGUCAGGAAACCUAUUGCGCAAGUUCAAGGCUUCUACGAAGGCGAUAUCAUCUAUGUCCAUUUCACCAGAUGGGACAGUAUUAGCAACUGCAGCCUCUCAAUUGAAGAUCUUUAACUGUUUGGAUCAUAAAAAGCUGCAGAAGUUUUCUGGUCACCCGAGCCCUGUUCGGCGUAUGGUAUUCUCUGAAGAUGGACAGUACCUGCUUUCUUCUGCUGUUGGUGAGAGAUAUGUUGCAGUGUGGAAGGUAGGUGGCAGAAAAAAGCAACCUGCAUGCUGCUGUUCCCUUGCAAUGGAUCACCCAGCCGUCUUUUUGGAUAGUCGGUCCAUUAACACUCAAGAAGAUGAUAUGGGUCUUUCUGUUUUGGCAAUCUCUGAGGCAGGUGUCUGUUAUUUCUGGUAUGGAAAGAGUAUUGACGAUUUGCGGUCUUGCAAGCCCACAAAAGUAUAUUCUGAUGGGAAGACAAAAGGUGCUGUGCAUGGUGUUUUUGCUGCAAAAUUGGAACAUGCGGUUAAACCUGCUUCUGGACGUGUGUUUCUUACACAUGGUUUAUUCGUUAAACCGUCUUUUGAGAAAAUUGUGCUGCAGUCCGGGACAGACGUAAAGUUGAACAGUUCACUUGAUGGGCUUCUUCUACCAAUUAGUCAAUCCCGCAAACAGCAAACAGUUACUCAAUCACGAAACCAAGUUACUGCCUUAGAUCGUGCAAACGCAGAGGAUGCCUUACUUCCUAUGCCUCAGAUUCUUGAUUUUCCUGGCGUGAAGAGCGCAGCUAAGCUAGUGGUUAGCAAAGAUGACAUGGACCAAGAUGAUGCUGAUGCAGUCACAAUAUGCAUGGAAGAGCAACUUAGAUCUAUGGGGAUUCUUAGUAACAUUGAUCCCACUUCCAAACCAUGUUUCGAAACUGAAAAAGUCAAGGGUUUCAAUCUUGAGGCCAAUGUUCCACAAAAGGAGAUGAGGAGAGCUGUUUUAUCUAUGGAACCCAAAGCUGCAUGCAACUUGUUAGAAAUGCUGGUUGCUGGAUGGCAUUCUAGAUCGUACAAGGCAAAAUGUAUUCUUCCUUGGAUCUAUUGCAUCAUGGUAAAUCACCAUUAUUAUCUUACAUCCCAGGAACGAUUUACCCAUCUACUAGAUUCCUUAAACAAGAUUACCAAGUCUAAAGGCGAAGCUCUUAGCUCUUUAUUGCGGCUAUGUGGUCGUUUGCAACUUGUAACAGCACAGUUUGAGAAAGCUUCUAAUAAUAAAAGCCACGUGUUACUGCAUGAUGAAGAAAUGGAGGAAAAUGAGGAUGAAGAUGAUGAAGUUCUGUAUGGCUUAGAGAAUGAAUCUGAAUCACAAAGCAGCAGUGAUGAUGAUUAAGCAGUUUGUAACUUGCAGAUGAUACUUAUUUUUGAAGUGGUUAUCAAUCUUAAGGGGUUUCUUGCUCUUAAUGCAACAGUUCAUUCAAAUCAUGGUCCAGCAAUACACUAAAUAUGUCUCUCUGAUCCAACUGCUUGAUAGCAUGGAGUGAUCAGAACCACUGCUCUAAAACCUGCAGUGCUUUUUUCCUGGUGAAGGCUGCUUUGAUUCUGUGUCUCCUUAUUGUUGUGCAAUUUUGUCUAUUGUUUCAGUUAUCAUUUUUCUGAAUACUUGACGAUCCUAUGAAAGUUAGUUUAGAAUGGUAAAAAAAAUGUGUAACGAGAUCAGUGGUGCUUAUGUUUCCCACCAGCAUAUUCGAUCUAAUUUGUGCUUCUCUAUCUCUGGUUUUUGAAACAUCUUAGUAGAAUAUUAUGCUUGAUCUUUU